ACAGCAUCCAAGAUUCCAACCCAACUUUCGAAGUAGUUCAGACCAAAUUAAAAAAAAUAAAAAGCUUUCGAAGUAGAACCCUUUUUACUCCUUCCUUCGCACACACAAACCCAAUCCCAGUUAGAAACCCUAAUUUCGCGAAACCCUCACUGUACCGACUCUCCAAUGGCACCCAAGCGCCCAUCUCCUCUGGAUGAGCCUCCGGCUGCUUCUUCUUCGGAAGAAGAGGUAGCCUCGUCCGAAGAAGAAGUAGACGGAGAAGAAGAGGAAGAAUCCGGAUCCGGGUCCGAAUCCGAGUCCGAGGAACCCGAGCCUCCAAAGGCAGCACCCACUCCUGUUGCUGAGAAGAAACCACCACCGAAGAAACCGGACUCGGCUACUGUCAAUUCAAAGCCGCAGUCUUCAUCCUCUGGCUCAGAGUCCGAGUCCGAAUCCGAUUCGGAAUUGGAUAAGGAUAUGGUGGUAAAGCCGAUAGCUUCGAAGCCAAUGGAAGAGACGCCCAAGACCAAGAAGCCCAGAUCGAAGGCCUCGGCUACUACUACGCCUGCAGCAAGAGCCGGGUCGAAGCGGCCAAGCGAGAGCGACCCCAAGGAUUCCAAGAGGCCCAAGAAGAAGAUCCCAGACCCGGAUCAGGAGCCAGACCAUGCCGGAGAGGAAACGAAGAAGGCAGGUGGAGACGACUCGAAGAAGCUGUUCCAGAGGAUUUGGAGCGAUGAUGAUGAGAUAGCGAUCCUGAAAGGCAUGAUUGAUUACUCUACGAAGAAAGGCGCGGACCCAUAUUCUGAUAUGGGUGCGUUUCAUGAUUUUAUCAAGAAAUCGUUGAAGGCCGAUGUGAACAAGACCCAAUUGCAAGAUAAGAUUCGUAGGUUGAAGAAGAAGUAUGAGAUGAAUGUGGCCAAAGGGAAGAAGUAUAAUCCUGUUAAGCCUCAUGAGCAAAAGGUGUUCGACUUGUCAAAUAAGGUAUGGGGCAGCGGCGAAGGGUCAAUUGGGGUUGGUGGGUUGUCUGAACAGUCCAAGUCUAAUGGGAAGGCUAGGACAAAUCAGAAAGGUAACAACAAGACUUUGGCUUCACUUAAAGCUGAGCUGUUGAGUUCACCGGAGCGCCCAAAGGAGUGUGAGAAGGUGGAUUUUGGUCUGAAGCCGUGUGGUUCUGAAAGUUUGAGUGAGGUGAUUGGGUUUGAUAAGGGUUUCAGAGAGCUGGGGUUGCCGGAGGGUGUCGUGAAGCAGGGCUUGGAGUUGAUUGGAGGAGCCAAGCGAGCUGAGUUGAAGGAGAAGUGGAAGAAGCUGCAUGUUGCUGAAUUGGAGCUUUUUGUUAAAAGGAGUGAGUUGAUGAGAGAUCAGGCUAAGGUGAUUCUAGAGGCGUUAAAGUCAUCUGAGCAUUAGAACCUUGGAUCAGGUAUAACAAGGCACUGUGUUGAUGUCUAGCAAGACAAUGUUUAAAAAAUUUAGUAAUUGUUAAUUAAGAACUCUGUAGUAUUUAGCUGCUUAGUUUGUCUGUCUAUUAAAUCUUUCUUUGCCCUUUGUUGUCAUUCUCUAUAACUUUGAUUUAAAGUUAAUUAUGUGGCAAUGA